AUGCGUUACGUCGCGUCAUUGCUUUCCGGCCUCCGCGUUGGUAGCUCCGUCUGCGACUGCGUUAGCGCGGCUGCCACGGAAAACCUCGCUUUGGCGCAGUCGCAAAUCUACGACCCACCCUACACUGCAGGCGAUGUACCAGCGCCAUGCGAGCAGGGCCCCAGUUGCCAGGGCUCCCCUUCCAGUGGACUGGGACUCGAGGUCUCCCAAGCAUCAGCUACCGAACAAUAUCCUCCCACUUAUAAGCCGGAUGAUUCCGAAUCUCCUUACUCGCGCCCACCAGACGCUCGGCCGGGCCCUGACGAGGACGCGCCGUACAGCCCUAGCAGUCCCUUUUAA